GAGCUCACCGUUGAUAAAUACCCAACCGACUCACGGUACAUCCUCCCUCCUCUUCCCCGCCGCUCUCUUCCUCACCCACGUCGCGAAAGAGAAGAGAAGGAACUCUUGAUGGGGGCGUCGAGGCUGGUGAUAGCUUCGAUCGUGUUCUUCCUCCUUGUCGCCGGAGUUUGGGCGGAAGAAGCAGCGAUCGGCGAUGGGAUCGCGGAACCUGAGCCAUCCGAUUCCGCGUUGAAGCGGGAAUUGGAGCUGCUCAGAUCAAAGAUCCAGGACUUAGAGAUUGGUAUCUCCGAUAGGACCCGUGAACUAAAUAAUAGAGAUGACCGCAUCAAAAAUCUGGAGAAGAUUAUCCAAGAGAAGUCAGCAACAAUUUCCACAUUGAAUAGUCAAAUAGAAUCGCUCCAGAAAAAGGGUGCUCUUGAUGCUGAAGAGUUAUUAGGGAAAGCAUAUACUCGAGCUGCUGGACUUGAGAAGCAGGUUGACAAUCUCAGAAAUGAGCUUGAAACACAGAGCAAUAACAGAGGUGCUUUGGAGGCUCGAGCUAGUGAAGCGGAGAAAAAAGUGCAAGAACUGAUUUUGAAACUAGAAAAUAUCGAGAAGACAAAUGAUGAGCAAAAGCACCUAAUUAGGAAAACUGAACGGGCACUUCAAGUAGCAAAGGAAGAGCUAACAAUUGUACAACUUGAAGCGACAGCCAAGUUGGAAGAGCUGACAAAGAUCCAUGGAGCUUGGUUGCCUCCUUGGUUUGCAACUCAUAUAAGUUAUUGUCAGAAUCUUGUAGAAACCCAUUGGAAGGAGCAUGGCAAACCUGCUUUGGAUGUUGUCCUCCAAAAGGCAUCAGAUAAAUCAGCACAGGCACAGAAAUGGCUUGAACCACACUUGGAAAUUGUUAAAACUAGAUGGGUUCCUGCUGUUAAAGAAAGAUGGGUAAUUCUUGUCACAAGUGCCAAGCCUUAUGUGCAACAAGUAUCCACAAAAACCAUGGAAGUUUAUGAGACAUCAAAGAAUACGAUAGCACCACAUGUAGAAAAAGUACAAAAAGUGGCAGAUCCAUACUUGCAGGAAGCCAAGAAACUUUCAAAACCUUACAUCAACCAAGUUGCUACUGUCACCAAGCCUCAUGUUGAAAAAGUGAGAAUUACUUUGAAGCCCUACACUAAACGAGUAGUUCGUGUUUACAGAAAGCUUCAUAAAUCAGUGGCAGCUUACCACCGUCAGGUUGAAGCCAGCAUCAAGGAACACUUGAAGAAAUAUGAGUUGACUGAACCUCUUGUGACCAAAGAGUUGGUGUGGUAUAUGGCUUCUGCUACUUUGGCCUUGGCCAUCUUCUUUGUGUACAGACUUCUAGCAUGCAUCCUUUGGUCGAAAAUGAGAAAGUCAACACAAAAUGGCCAGACGAAGAAUGCACAUCGCAGGCCCAAGCGAAGGCAUGCUGACAAGUAGACUGCAGGAAACCAUCCAAGUAGCCACUUAUGCCCAAGGAUGUUAUUGGUGCAUUAGAAGUUGGCUGUGUACUUUUUAUCAAAUCAUGCUCGGGAUACCUAGAUAAAGGAAUUGCAAUGUGGAAAUAUUUGAACAGGCUCAUGCACAGUGUCUUUUUAUUGCAAAUGUUUGAGGUUGUUCAUCUCGUUUUGCAGAACCUGAUGUUUUAAUGACCUGCAUUUUCUCUUUUUUUGUUUUUCUUUUAAUGAUUGAUUGGUAUUGAUUCUUCUUUCUCGAUCAAUAUAAUCGCAAGCCAUGAGCAUCUGCUUUGUUUUA